AAGCGUGUUGCUGGUCUCUAUGACGACGUGUCUAUUAAACCUUUUAGUGGCCGUGGAGAGACUUGAAGCAGAUUAUGUGCACAGGUGUUGCUCCACCGGCUGGCGGGGACUACGCAGGCCAGUUAGAUGGUCGGUUUGUUGUUUUACUGAAACAGGAAGACGACGGAAGAAGCUGCUGCUGUUCGGUGGUAGAUCAUGAGCCAAACAGUUUGCACAAAGACUCAGGAGGAGUACGAGGACGACUUUGAGAAAGAUCUGGACUGGCUGAUCAGUGAGGAAGGCCGGAGCGAGGACCAGGGCUCUGACUAUGAGGACAUAGAGGCAGACAUUGACAAAGAACUGGAGCAGGGUGAGAAACGACAGGGAAUGAAAGGAAAGGAGAAAAACUACAAGGAAACAAACCGAGACAACAAAACAGAGCAAGUGGAAGAAGAAGAAGAGAGGUGGCCAUCUCCUAUGGAGCCACUGGAGUAUGACUCAGACAGGGACAGUCCCAGUAAGUCAUCACCUACAGCCCCACCUCCUCCAGGGAUGGAUGAUCAAACAGACGAAGAGAAGAAGUAUAUCCUAGAGAAGAUCCAGCAGGCUAACCGGGAGCUGCAGGAUCAGGCAGUGCCAGAUAUGACACGACGCAGGCGGUUGCAUUUUAAAGAGACAUUGGUGGACCUGGUGGUGCCUCCGCUGCAGUUUGAGAGAGAUGGCAGCAGUGAUGAAGUAGAGGGGAAAAAUGGGAGCAAGGAAAGAGCUGAGGAUGCACCGGCAGAUACUGAAGUGUCAGGAAAGCUGUCCGAGCUAAAGAUUUCACCUCGCAAUGAAAGCAGGAGUUCUGAAGGAGGUUCUGGCAGGGCUGGGGAGAGCAGCGAGGGAGGCCAGGGGAUGAAGGAGGGCAGAGUCCUUGUGGAGAAGGAUGGGAAGUUUGACCUGGUCAGUCUAAAAGAGGUGGAGAGUCAAGCCCUUUUCCCUCCUUUAGCGAACAACUUCAGUGAGAGUUCACGCUCAUCACCUCGUGUUCAGGAGCAAAAUGUAAACUCUGUUAAGAUCCACAGUUCCUCCUCUUCUCCUCGCCUUCGGGCUGCCUCCUCCUCGUUUCCACAGGGAAUAGAUCACCUUCGGCCCCCCAGACCUCCAGCACAACCAAAGGGCAGGCCUAGCUCAGCCAGCCAGAGCCAGAGAGGCAGCCAGAGGAAAAGCAGCAAGAGGCGGGUGCAGUCUGCCACGGAGACACCCAGCCAGGCCACGUACACCCUGACCCCACAGCAGAAAGAGCAGCUGCAGAAGAUCCAGGAGAGGAAGCAGAGGCUGGCCAGAGAGGCAGAACAGAGGAAGCGUGAGGAAGAAGAGCUGAAGAGGCAGGAGAACGAGCUGGCGUUCAAAGCCUGGCUGAUGAGGAAGAAAGAGCAGCUUCAGGAGGAGCGAAGGAUCCACAGAGCCCAGGAAAUCGAGAGAAUGAACUGUCAAGUAUGGCCACACGGGGGCACAAGAGACCCCAACCCGGACCCGGAGGAGGCCUUCAGGUCAUGGCUUCAGAGGAAGCAGGAGCAGCAACAGAAGGAGAGGCAGCUGGUGGAGUUCAGGAGGCUGGAGGAGGACAGUGGGUACCUGUUACACAGCCGUGAGGAGUGCGACGAGGCUUUCAAACUGUGGCUGAAGCGAAAGCGGGCGGAGAAGCGAGCGGAGCAGCAGGCGGCCCGAGAGCACUCCCGCAGGCUGGUGUUAGAGGAGCGGCGUGCACGGCGCAUGAGGGACUUGAUGUGCACCACCAGUGAAAGCAAACCGUUCAGAGUCACUGAGCAGCUGGCCUACCGCUUCUGAGCCGAGCCAACCCGGCACACCCACCAAAGCCACAUGUUACCUCUCGUCAGGGUCCCCACAAACUCAAACUAAGGACUCGGGCGGCGCGUUACAGUAAGCAGGUAUAAACUCCCAAGUUUGUUAAACACGAGGUGACGGAAAUCCAUUUGUUCCAGAAAGAUGGUUAAGUUAAACUCUGACUCCCCCGACUCAGCCAGCUGACUGACACCGUUUCAUUUCCUUACUGAUAUGGUUAAUAUCAAAGUGGUUAGCAGAAUGCGUUAAUAUGCACAUGAAAUCCCAGGCAGAUGUUAGUUCAGUGGUGUAUUCAACACGAGUGCUUUUAGAAUCAACCAGCCUUGGAUCAUGGAUGUGAUCAGCAGACACUGUAGAUUUAUUAACAACUCAAAACCUGUUGGCUACAUGUUUGUAACAUGCUGACUCUGCGGUCA